AUGCGCGAAUUGACGAUUGACUAUUCCCUGGCCGCGAAAAGCAUCGGGGUAUUCUUGGGGAUCCCGUUGGGAGCAGCGAUCGUCAGCCGCAUUACCUGCGCUUUUGGAGUAUGGAUCAGCCCGUUGUCCUUGAUCGGGCUGCUCUUUACGACUCUGCUGCUGUUUGCUGCUCAGGGAAAGCAGGCGGUGCGCCAGAUCGUUUCUGUAGCCAGAGUGGUGACGCCCCUUGCAGUUUACUUCUCGGUGAGAUUUGCGGUCACGCUCGCCGUGACACGACGAUGUGGCUUUACAUACCGGCUGUCGUGCACACAAAGCUUCACUGCGGCAAACAAUAACUUCGAGCUGACGAUCGCGGUGGCAAUUGCCACAUUUGGGAUGGAGAAUAAUCAGGCGCUGGCUGCUACCGUUAGGCCGCUGAUUCAGGUACCGGGGUUGUUGGGAUUGGUGUAUGCAACUCGGUGA